CAGUGGAUUGGACAACAUUUGGCCGUUACGACACACCUAUCCGACAGCCAGUCUCUGGUACCUGAUGCUCGGCAGCCGAAACUUGAGCACCGACAGCGACCAGAGAAGCAGAGUGUGGCAACUAAAUAGCCUCACGGAGAGGUGACGCCGUUAACUUUGACAUUCAGACGCGGCGCGGGAGGCAAACUCACGGGAAGGAGAGCGAGAGGAAGUUUCUCUCCUAACGGAAAUGCGACGGCGGGCGAAGAAGAAGAAUGUGGUUCUGGGUGUUCUGGUUCUCGUCAGUGUCCUGUACUUCUUCUACCCUUAUGAAUUCCUCCUCAUGGGCUUGACGAGAUCGGCCCAGUCGAUUCCAUACCAGUCGAGUCGUCAUGCGGAGAGGCUGCUCAGUAAGGAGUCCUGGGUGGAGCAGGGAGAUUAUCUGCCCCUGAAUGUCACCUACCAGCUGCUGGCUGGAGCUCCAGCUGAUCAGCAGAAGUUCUUAGCUGUGGGCCUGUCCUCAGUCAAACGGAAGAAGGGCAGCUACCUCAUCCCCACGCUGCAGUCGCUCUUCUCUCAGUCUACUCCUGAAGAGCGGUCCUCCAUGGUGGUGGUGGUGCUGAUUGCAGACUUCGAUUAUAGCUGGAUAAGCAACACCGUCAGGGAAAUCAACGCCACAUUUGACUCCGAGCUGCAAGAAGGCCAGCUUGUAGUCAUCCAUGUUGCCCAGGAUUGGUACCCUCCUCUCACAGGUUUGAAGAGGAACUACAAUGAUGCUCCUGAUCGGGUAACAUUUCGCUCCAAGCAGAAUGUGGAUUACUCCUUCUUGAUCCACUACAGUGCAGGUCUUGGCCAGUACUACCUCCAGCUGGAAGAUGAUGUCCUUUCUGCACAGAACUUUCUAACAACUAUUAGGAAGCAUGUUGAGGAGCAAAAUGCGAAAAAGGGCACCUGGGCAAUGUUAGAAUUUUCAGCCCUCGGUUACAUUGGGAAACUCUACAAGAGCUCUGACCUUCCACUUUUGGCCCGCUUCCUCCUGCUGUUUUACCAGGAAAUGCCUUGUGACUGGCUGAUGACUCAUUUUAGAGAGCUUCUGACCCAAAGACAAGCCAUCCUCUUUAAACCCUCACUCUUCCAACACGCUGGCACUUUUUCCUCUUUCCAGGGAACGUACAACAAGCUAAAGGACAAGGACUUUGAGGAGGGGGUCUACACUAAUCCUUCAGCUGAAGUUUAUUCAAACAUUUCCACCUACCAGAAGCACUUCCCCAAACUGGCCUGGGAUGCCGGGGAAGGGUUCUUCUGGGGACGUUCUCCAGAAAGCGGCGAUCACUUGACAGUGGUGUUCCUGGAGCCUACUCUGGUGACGGGGAUAUUGGUAGAAACAGGAUCUGGAGGAAAGGACCUCCUCGACUCUGGUCAGGUGGAACUGGGCCAGGGCGUGCUCAAUAAAGAUAAGAAGAGCUGUAAAACCUUCCAGUCACUGGGAGCUUUCAUAAAUGGAAAAUUUGAGAUGCACGAGGUAGACAAACUGCACAGCUCUGCUUCUUCAUGUCUGAGGAUAUUGGUGACAGCUGCACAGAAAGACUGGGUGAUCAUCCAGAAAAUAAGGAUCACAACGAAGUAGAGCAGACGUCAGAUGUAGUGGUUCAUUAAUCUUCUAGCCUGACUAAUGAUUGGCCCAACUAUCGACGCUUGUAUCCGACUUGCAGCAUUGGUGGUAAUGCAGGGGUUGUGUUGUGUUGUUGCACUGUUUCUGUUACAAAAUCAUGGAACUGCCUCAGCGAAGAUGCUUUCAAUAUAAAGAAAAUCUUCGACCAAACCAAGUAAUUCCCUUUCGUCUGUGUUUUAGAAGUCUAGAUCUUCUCUUUUGCCGCUGUAAGAGGAACAAUUUUCC